AUGAUAUUUAAAUCGAACAAAACGUUGGGCUUAUCCGCCUUAACGAUGUUUUACUUAAUCUUCUUGGUUGUCUUACCUUUUUUCAGUCAUAAAAGUUCCAUGGCUUUGGCCUCUGAAAAUGAUACUGAAAGUUAUGGUACUGUAAUUGGUAUCGAUUUAGGUACUACCUACUCUUGUGUUGGUGUGAUGAAGAAUGGUAAGGUGGAAAUCUUGGCCAACGACCAAGGUAACAGAAUUACUCCUUCUUAUGUGGCGUUCACUCCAGAAGAAAGAUUGAUUGGUGAUUCAGCCAAAAAUCAGGCUCCUUCUAAUGUUGAGAACACCAUCUAUGACAUCAAGAGAUUGAUUGGUUUGAAAUACAAGGACAAGACUGUCCAAAAGGAAAUCAAAUCUUUGCCUUAUGCCAUUAAAGAAAAGAACGGUAAACCAGUGGUUCAGGUUGAAUUCAAUGGUGAAGAGAAAACUUUCAGUCCUGAAGAAAUCAGUGGUAUGAUUUUGACCAAAAUGAAAUCUAUCGCCGAAGACUACUUGGGUAAGAAGGUCACUCAUGCCGUGGUCACUGUUCCUGCUUACUUCAAUGAUGCUCAAAGACAAGCCACUAAAGAUGCUGGUGUUAUUGCUGGUUUGAACGUUUUGAGAAUUGUGAAUGAGCCAACAGCUGCUGCUAUUGCUUACGGUUUGGACAAGUCCAGCGAAGAAAAGCAAAUCAUUGUCUACGAUUUAGGUGGUGGUACCUUCGAUGUGUCAUUAUUGUCCAUUGAAGGUGGUGUAUUUGAAGUUUUGGCCACCUCAGGUGAUACACACUUGGGUGGUGAGGAUUUUGACAACAAGAUCGUUAAGUACUUGGCCAGAGUUUUCAAGAAGAAGCACGACAUCGAUAUUAGUUCAAACAAAAAGGCCUUCUCCAAAUUGAAGAGAGAAGCUGAAAAGGCCAAGAGAACUUUAUCAUCUCAGAUGAGUGUUAGAGUUGAAAUCGAUUCUUUUGUGGAUGGUAUUGACUUCUCUGAAACCAUUUCUAGAGCCAAGUUUGAAGAAUUGAACAUGGAUAUGUUCAAGAAAACAUUGAAACCAGUCCAACAAGUUUUGGAGGAUUCUGGUGUCAAGAAAUCCGAUAUUGAUGAUAUUGUUUUGGUUGGUGGUUCUACCAGAAUUCCAAAGGUCCAAGAAUUGUUGGAAAGUUUCUUUGAUGGGAAGAAGGCUUCUAAGGGUAUCAACCCAGAUGAAGCUGUCGCUUACGGUGCCGCAGUUCAAGCUGGUGUCUUGAGUGGUGAAGAAGGAGUCGAUGACAUUGUCUUGUUGGAUGUUAACCCAAUUACUUUGGGUAUCGAAACCAGCGGUGGUGUCAUGUCAUCUUUGAUCCAAAGAAACACUCCUAUUCCAACCAAGAAGUCUCAAAUUUAUUCCACUGCUGCUGACAACCAACCAACUGUCUUGAUCCAAGUUUACGAAGGUGAAAGAUCAUUGGUUAAGGACAACAACUUAUUGGGUAAGUUUGAAUUGACUGGUAUUCCACCCGCACCAAGAGGUGUUCCACAAAUUGAAGUUACUUUCUCCUUAGAUGCCAAUGGUAUUUUAAAGGUUGAAGCUGCUGAUAAAGGUACCGGUAAAUCCGAAUCCAUUACCAUUACCAACGAUAAAGGUAGAUUAUCUAAAGAGGAUAUUGAUAGAAUGGUUCAAGAAGCUGAAAAGUAUGCUGAACAAGAUAAAGAGGUCAAGGAAAAGAUUGAAACCAGAAACUCUUUCGAAAACUACGCCCAUAUGUUGAAGAACCAAUUGAAAGAUACCACUGAAACUGGAUUGGGUAGCAAGUUGGAAGAUGAUGACAAGGAAACUUUGGAUGAUGCUGUUAAGGAAGCCUUGGAAUUCAUUGAAGACAACUAUGAUACUGCAACUGCGGAAGAGUUUGAAGAACAGAAACAAAAGUUGAUCGAAAUUGCCGCCCCUAUUACCUCUAAAUUAUACGCUGGUGCUGGUGCUGGUGCAGGUGAUGAAGCUCAAUUUGGUGAUGAAGAUUCAGAUGAUGACUUUGAUCACGAUGAGUUGUAA